AUGGCGGAGAAGGCGCUGGAGGCCGUGGGCUGUGGACUAGGACCCGGGGCCGUAGCCAUGGCCGUGGCGCUGGAGGACGGGGCGGAGCCCCCAAUGCUGACCACACACCUGAAGAAGGUGGAGAACCACAUCACCGAAGCCCAACGCUUCUCCCACCUACCCAAGCGCUCAGCGGUGGACAUCGAAUUCGUGGAGCUGUCCUAUUCCGUGCGAGAAGGGCCCUGCUGGCGCAAACGGGGUUAUAAGACCCUCCUCAAGUGCCUGUCGGGUAAAUUCUGCCGCCGGGAGCUGAUUGGCAUCAUGGGCCCCUCCGGCGCCGGCAAGUCCACGUUCAUGAACAUCUUGGCAGGGUACAGGGAGUCUGGAAUGAAGGGGCAGAUCCUGGUCAAUGGGAGGCCGCGGGAGCUGAGGACCUUCCGCAAGAUGUCGUGUUACAUCAUGCAGGACGACAUGCUGCUGCCUCACCUCACAGUGCUGGAAGCCAUGAUGGUCUCUGCUAACCUAAAGCUGAGUGAGAAGCAAGAGGUGAAGAAGGAACUGGUGACGGAGAUCCUGACAGCACUGGGCCUGAUGUCCUGCUCCCACACGAGGACAGCUCUGCUCUCCGGGGGGCAGAGGAAGCGCCUGGCCAUCGCCCUGGAGCUGGUCAACAAUCCGCCCGUCAUGUUCUUUGAUGAGCCCACCAGUGGUCUGGACAGCGCGUCCUGUUUCCAAGUGGUGUCCCUCAUGAAGUCCCUGGCCCAGGGGGGCCGCACAGUCAUCUGCACCAUCCACCAGCCCAGUGCCAAGCUCUUUGAGAUGUUUGACAAGCUCUACAUCCUGAGCCAGGGUCAGUGCAUCUUCAAAGGUGUGGUCACCAACCUGAUCCCCUACCUGAAGGGGCUUGGCUUACACUGCCCCACCUACCACAACCCGGCUGACUUCAUCAUCGAGGUGGCCUCUGGAGAGUAUGGAGACCUGAACCCCAUGCUGUUCAGGGCUGUGCAGAAUGGGCUCUGUGCCAUGGCCGAGAAGAAGAGCAGCCCUGAGAAGAACGAGGUCCCCACCCCGUGCCCCCCUUGUCCUCAGGAAGUGGACCCCAUUGAAAGUCACACCUUUGCCACCAGCACCCUCACACAGUUCUGCAUCCUCUUCAAGAGGACCUUCUUGUCCAUCCUCAGGGACACGGUCCUCACCCACCUGCGGUUUGUGUCCCACGUGGUCAUCGGUGUGCUCAUCGGUCUCCUUUACCUGCACAUUGGUAACGACGCCAGCAAGGUCUUCAACAACACCGGCUGCCUCUUCUUCUCCAUGCUCUUCCUCAUGUUUGCCGCUCUUAUGCCAACCGUGCUCACCUUCCCCUUAGAGAUGGCGGUCUUCAUGAGGGAGCAUCUCAACUACUGGUACAGCCUCAAAGCGUACUACCUGGCCAAGACCAUGGCCGAUGUGCCCUUUCAGGUGGUGUGCCCGGUGGUAUAUUGUAGCAUCAUCUACUGGAUGACAGGCCAGCCGGCCGAAACCAGCCGCUUCCUGCUGUUCUCCGCCCUGGCCGCAGCCACCGCCUUGGUGGCCCAGUCUUUGGGGCUGCUGAUUGGAGCUGCCUCCAAUUCCCUCCAGGUGGCCACCUUUGUGGGCCCAGUUACCGCCAUCCCUGUCCUCUUGUUCUCCGGUUUCUUUGUCAGCUUCAAGACCAUCCCUACUUACCUGCAGUGGAGCUCCUACCUCUCCUAUGUCAGGUAUGGCUUUGAGGGUGUGAUUCUGACCAUCUAUGGCAUGGAUCGAGGCGAUCUGACCUGCUUGGAGGAACACUGCCCUUUCCAGAACCCGCAGAGUAUACUCCGAGCGCUGGAUGUGGAGGAUGCCAAGCUCUACCUGGACUUCCUGGUCUUGGGCAUCUUCUUUCUGGCCUUGCGGUUGCUGGCAUACCUUGUGCUCCGUUACCGGGUCAAGUCGGAGAGAUAGAGCCUUGCGCCGGCCUGCGCCCCAGCCCCCGCAGCGGAAGCCCCCAGCCCCAGCCCUCUGGGACUGUUUUAACCUUGUAGACUUUGGCACGGGUUGCUGGUGCAGCCACGUUCUCCUCUCUCAGCUCCUCCCCGGGUUGGCUGCUGGACUGCGCUCCUAGCCGUGGCCAUGGUCGUGGCCACGGGGGGCUCCAGCCCUCCCCACCAUGUCCAGGAGUCUUCCCAGUUGAUGCAGUUUAUAGCUUCCUCCCUACUCUCUCCAACAUCUGCAUGCAAAGACCACUAGGAGGCUGCCACCCUCCUUCCCCCACCUCGUCCCCUGUCUCUGCUGUCUGCUUGGGAGCCCCAGGUUCUCCAGGCCCCCAUUUACAACUGACCAAAGUGGCCCCCUCUGGGGCUUCCCACCACACAAGUGUUUGUAAACUGGGCUGAUCUAAGGUUCGGGUUCCAGGGCUGGGCCCUGGUGGGGUCCCCUGGAAGUCCCAUUUGGACAUUGGAAUGGAGCAGGGAAGGCUCUGGAAGUCUCUUCCUCCUCCUCACCUUCUCCCCACCCCCAGACCUGGCUGAUUUGGGCAAUCUGCUGGAACAGAAGCUGGUUUUUCUGUCUGGGUCGUUCCUCCCAAUCCUGGGUAUUGGAGAGGCCUGGGAGCCUGGGAUGCCCUGUCCCCUUCCCUGUCCCCUUUGGUCGGGGGUAGGGUCUGGUGGCACUGCUGCAAUAAUGUCUGUGUUUCUCUCCCACCUGCCACUGGAACCGGAGAAUGCACUUUAUUCUGGGGCGUGAGCAGGAGAAGACCAAGCCUCCUUCUUGCUUCUCCUGCCCAGUCCUGCGACACUCCCUCCCCUCCCCAGAGUUACAGGCACAUACAUGCGAACAGGCAAUCUCAGCCCGACACACACACACACACGCUGUCCCGUAUGGCUCCGAGGAGGAGUGAUGGUGGCAUGGUGGUGGCGGCGGCGG